UUUGCUAACCGGUUUUAUUAGAUUACAAGACACGUGUUGACUAUUGAUUGGUUUAUUCUAUUUUUUAAAAAUUAAAAAAAAAAAAAAACAGCCACCUAACGACCCCCUUUCCCUUCCUCAUCCUGCCCCUGCCUUCCCCAACAACUCAAUCAGCCAAUCGGAAGCUUGACAAAGGGGUUUUUUUUAGGGUGGUUAGGGCGUUUUCGGGGGGAGUUUUCAGGGCUAGGUGGGGAUUUUGGGAUCGGGAUGGAGUUUGUCAUGGUUGGGGGUUGAUUUUUCAGGGAUGGGUCUGGUUUUCUGGGGGCUUGAGACGGAGUUUGCAAGCUCCAAAGCCCAUAAUCGACCCAAAUUAUUCCUUCUUAAUUUAAUUUUGGGGAUGAUUUUACCCAUUUUAGGGCUGAUUUGUGGGUGUGAAUUGAUGUUGUAGUUGUUAGAUAUGGAGGAUCAGCGGCCUGCAAGUAGGCGCUGCAGUGGUGGCGCGUUGUGCGACGCUGCGUUUGAGGAUCGAUAAUGUGUGGGAUUUUUGUUUGGAGGGUGGGUUUGUUGAAUCGCGGCGGAAGAAGUCGUGGAUGGUGGGUGUGGGGUUUUCGGGCUUUAGCCUUUAGGUGGUGCUAGAGGUUGCGUGGGUGUUAGGGGGCUUGCUGGUGGAGGAGUGGAAAGGUGUUUAUGGUUGGUGGUGUUGUGUGAGGGUUGCGAUUGGUGAUGGCUGGGUGAGUGGUGGCCGAUGACAAGUGAGGAGUUGAGGAGGUGGUGGACUGGUGGUAAUUUUGGUGGCAGUUCAUAGAAGGAACUCAAGGAAGGUGGAAGAAGAUGAAUUUAAAAAAAAUAAAAAAAGUUUGACCGGUUUAACCGGUUAUAGGUCAUAGGGAUCGUUUAUGGAAGAUCCAUGUUAAAGGUGGGAUUAUUUUUGGAAUUUCAAAAGGUGGGAUUGUUUAUAGAAGACCGACUAAAGGACACCAUGCCUCCGCCGAAGAAGAAGCAGCCUUCCGAAGAUGAUAAAAGAAGGAAGAAGAAUCUUGUGCCAGGGGGGUUGUUGAAAGCUGAAUUGAGACCUGGUGGAGGAGAAUCUACACCUUCUGAUGGUGAUCAGGUAAUCUACCAUUGCACUGUGCGUACAAUGGAAGGAGUUGGUGUUUACUCUACCAGAAAAGAUUUUGGAGGUACGGGAGCGCCUAUAAGGCAAGUUUUGGGUAAAAGCAAGAUGAUACUGGGAUUGCUUGAAGGAAUACCUACAAUGCAGAAGGGUGAAGUUUGCAUGUUCAGGAUGAAAUCUGGGAUGCAUUAUGGUGAGCCUGAUUGCCCAGUUCCAGUCUCAGAGGGCUUCCCAAAGGAUGUUGAUCUCAACUUUGAGAUGGAACUCAUUGAUUUUGGCAAAGCUAAGGUUAUUUCUGAAGAUCUCGGAGUUGUGAAAAAGGUCAUAAAAGACGGGCAAGGUUGGGAGUCGCCUAGGGCUCCUUAUGAAGUAAAAGCUUGGAUAUCUGCAAAAACUGCAGAUGGAAGGUUGAUUUGGAGUCAUGUUGAGGGAGAACUGUUUUUCUUUACAUUUGGAAACUCAGAGUUGCCUAAAGGUCUUGAGAUGGGAAUCGGAACUAUGACAAGGAGGGAGAAGGCCAUGAUCUAUGUAACCAAUCAAUACUUGACUGAAUGUUCAGUCCUUCCUCAAAUAAAAGGUCUGGAAGAAGUUCAUUUUGAAGUGGAACUAGUUCACUUUGUCCAGGUCCGCGAUGUGCUUGGAGAUGGGCGACUCAUUAAGAGACGGAUCCGUGAUGGAGAAGGGGAAUUUCCCAUGGACUGCCCACUUCAGGACAGUCAACUAUGUGUCCAUUGCAAGGGCAUGCUUCUGGAUGACAAGAAGACAGUCUUCUAUGAUACAAGAAUUGAUAAUGAUGGUCAGCCACUAGAGUUCUGUUCUGGAGAAGGCCUGGUACCAGAAGGCUUUGAAAUGUCUGUACGAUUAAUGUUACCAGGGGAACUAGCUCUUGUUACUUGUCCGCCUGAUUAUGCAUAUGACAAGUUUCCAAGGCCAGCUAAUGUUCCAGAAGGGGCAUAUGUGGAAUGGGAAAUUGAACUUCUUAAUUUCGAGAUGCCAAAGGACUGGACUGGUUUGGAUUUCAAAAGUAUUAUGGCCGAGGCAGAGAAUAUUAGAUCCACGGGUAACAGGCUUUUCAAGGAAGGAAAGUAUGGACUGGCAAAAGCUAAAUAUGAGAAGGUGCUUCGGGACUUUAAUCAUGUUAAUCCCCAGGAUGAUGAAGAGGGGAAAGAGUUUCUGAAUGCAAGAAACAUGUUACAUUUAAAUGUUGCUGCCUGCUAUCUGAAAAUGGGGGAGUGCAGAAAGUCCAUUGAAACAUGUGACAAGGUAUUAGAUGCCAACCCUGCCCACGUCAAAGCUUUGUAUCGCCGUGGAAUGGCCUAUAUGGAACUUGGAGAAUUUGAGGAGGCAAAAAAUAAUUUCGAUAAGAUGAUGAAAUUUGACAAAUCAUCUGAAUCUGAUGCUAAAGCAGCCUUACAAAAAUUGAAGCAAAGGGAACAGGAAACUGCAAGAAAAGCUAAGCAGCAAUUUAAAGGAUUAUUUGAUAAAAGACCUGGUGAGAUUGCAGAGGUCAGCACGGAAAGAGCAGAGCAAGUAACAGACAGAAACUCUGGUGAAAACAAUAAUGAUAAUGAAGAUACAAGUGAAGCAAAAUCAGAUAAAAAACACGUAGUAGCACCUAAAAGGCGCUUUGGGUUAAUCAUCGGUUUAAUCUUUAUGAUGCUUCUAGUUUUUUUCGUAUUGUUCCUCUUAUACGGUAAAGAGCUGCUCGGAAUUUCUUCUCUGCCAGAUGCCAUGCCACUGCAUGAUAUUGAUGAACUGUAGAUGACUUCAGGACUUCAGGUUGAGCUUAGAUAGAUUUGUUCUGGCGUAUAGGGACCCAUUCGAAGUAAACUUAUCAUUGUCAAUGUGAAAAUUAGACACUGGAGCUAGAAGGGUAAAAAUUUCGAGGGCACUCUCACGUAUUGUAUGUUUUGUUGUUAUUACAAAUAGUUAGGAUCCAUAUUGUUAUCCAAAAGUUAGAAAUUUCUAUUGGAGAGUUGGAGUGGACAAAUGAUCCAUUCACAGACAUUUUGUAUCAGUUAUUAACUAUUGAUAAUACCAAUAUACCUAGAUCUGGUAAAUGGGUCAUUCGGGUCGGGUCA